AUGUCCAGCAACAGCACCAACCACAGCCGGAGUGCGACACAGAGUAGCAAGCGUGUGUCGAACCUGCCGCAGGAGGCCUUCCUGGCUACCCUUGUGGCCCACCUAGGUCGCUCGCUGGCAGCCACGGGAGCGACUCUGUCCAACUCUGCCGAGGCCACAGAGGUUGUUCUCCUGGAGGAGUUUCCUGGUGCUUCGCCUCCGCUGCCGUCACGAAAGGCUCCCGGGCAUCAGGCUGAUGAUCGACGACAUAUCCACAAUGGGGGCCAGGUGGUCGGGAAGAAGGAGAAUGCGUUCCAGGGACAGGAUGCUUUGCCAUCGCCCACUCCUGGUGAUGACGCUAUCACGGACGACGACGACAACAGCAACAACGACAGCGAGUUCGCCUGGAGCUCGUCGGCCAGACCGAGCCCACUGGCAGACGCUUUUCAGCUCAUCUUCUCGGCACUCUUCCACGAGCGACUCAAGCGAAGCGCGUGGUGCGCGAGCGCGUCGCGGGACUACCGACUGACGGUCCUGCAAGUCCUCCGCCUCCUCCUUCGCGACCCACGAUUUACCCGCGCCUUUGUGGCCGACGAUGGCAUCGCCGUCCUCGGCACAAGGCUCGCCGAGAUCUUCCCCGAGUACCACGCUGACGCGGGCGCGCCGUUCCUUGCUGAAACCGUGGUCCAGAUGGCGUCCAUUCUGAAGAACCUGGCGUCGGACCCGGAGCUCCGCAAACUGCUCAUUGACGCCCAUGUCCACACCACGUGCGUGCUUCUUCUUGACGCGCCCGACGCCGUUGCCGUCCAGUGCGUCCUCAUUGUGCUCAUCAACCUCGCACUCACGCCCGAGUACGCCCUGCUCAUCGGUCGCCUUGACUCGAUCAACAAGCUCCUCAACAUUGUGCACAACUACAACUUGCCGGCCCAGCUCCUUGCCGCCGACCUCCUCGACGUCCUCUCCAAGCAGCGUGAGAACUGCAUCUCCAUCGUCGAAGCUCAGGGCCUCACUGUUCUCCUCUCGCUCCUCACCGCCGACGACGUUGCCCUCCUCGAGUCGCUCGUCAUCAUCCUCGGUACCCUUGCCGAGGACCCGCACAUCUGCUCCGAGAUUCGCCAGAUGGGCGGCCUCUCCAUGCUGCUCUCGCUCAUCAACCCGGGGCGGGUCUACCCUGGCGCUAUCGACGGGCCGACGAGCGCAAAGUCGCCCGUCCUCAUUCCGCUCUUUGUCGCUGUCGCCAACACCCUCACCACCAUGGCCCUCGAAGACGAGGCCGCCCACCAGCUCCGCGUCCACAACGGCGUCUACUACCUUGGCCUCAUUCUUGUCGACGAGGCCUGGCUCGGCCCGCUCGACGGCCCGCGCCCGCCGCCGGGCUCGGACGUCUACGUCAUGCACGCAUACAUCUUUCAGUCGCUCCGCUACCUCUUCUCCAUCGAGCGCAACCGCAAGGUCUUCAAGCGCUUCUUCCCCUCGGUCCUCUUUGCGCCCUUUGUCGACGUCGGCGCCUACCAGGCCCAGCUCGACCCGUACUUUGCCCUCGUCGACGUCUACUACUCGCUCCCGGCCUCCGAGUACGUCACUCUCCGGGCUAAUCUUGAGGCCAUCAACACCAACAAGCCGCCGUCGCGGUAUGUCAACGGCUACGCCAUCCUCGAGCUCCUUGGUACUGGCUCGUUCGGCUCGGUCUACCUCGUCAAGAAAAAGGACGGCUACUCGACGUUUGCCAUGAAGGAGCUCGACGUGACCGCGUCCAUGGCCGGUCGCACAAGCUCACCCGAGGACGCCGCUUUUGCCACACAGGCCGGCGCCGUCGACGAGCUUGAGGAGGAAGUCUCCAUCCUCUCCCAGCUCCGCCACCCCAACAUUGUCCGCUACUACGACUCGUUCCGCGAGGGUGGUUUCCUCUACAUCAUCAUGGAGCUCUGUGAGGGCGCCACCCUUCUCGAGUACCUCGAGUCGCUCCGCGAAAAGGGCCGCUCCAUGCCCGAGAAGCGCAUCUGGCAGAUCUUUAUCCAGCUCGUCCUCGCCUUCAAGUACCUGCACAAGACGGCCAAGGUCGUCCACCGGGAUCUCAAGCCAUCGAACAUCAUGGUCGAUGCUAAGAACGUCAUCAAGCUCGCAGACUUUGGUCUCGCCCGCCACCACAACAACACCAUGAUGAAGUCCGUCAAGGGCACGCCGGGCUACUUUUGCCCCGAAAUCAUGAAGGGCGAGCCGUACAACCACAAGGCCGACACCUGGGCCCUCGGCUGCGUCCUCUUCCAGAUGGCCACUCUCCGUCCGCCCUUUGAGGGCUCCAACAUCCUCGCCAUUGGCCACAAGAUCAUCGGCGGCGUCUUUGACCGUGACGCUCUCACCUCGCACUCGCCGCUCAUGAUGCACCUUGUGACAAAACUAAUCGAGCCGAACGUCUCGCGCCGCCUCGAUAUCAUCCAGGUCUCCCAGGUCAUCGCCCCGCUCCUUGUUGACCAGCUCUCAAAGGUCACCUACCGCUUCCAGCGCCUCGAGCGUGACAAGAAGGACGUCGAGCGCCAGCUCAAGGAGCUCCAGCGGAACCUCCACAAGACAAAGCACCAGCUCGGGCCGGGAACCGCCCCGCACCCGCACUCGCCGGCCUCGGCAGGCUCUGCCCUCUCGCCGCACUCGCCCAUCGUCCCGGCCACUCGCUCUACCUCGGGUGAGGAGACGGUCGGCACGCCGAGCCAAAGUCAAUUGCCCGUAUCGUCCCGCUCCGGCCGCACGCCGUUGCGCGGCAAUAGUUUGGUCACCCCGUCGGGCGGUCUGGGCACUGGGCUCAACCUCUCGACGCUCUCCAUCUCGCCGUCGCGCGUCCGCGCCAUCGACGAUCCCAUCACCCAGAUGCUCAACCAGCUCCACAAGCUCGUGUACAUCACACAGCUCCCGCCGACCGCCAACCGCGACCCGCGCCGCACCAUCGUCGAAAAGUACAAGCGCGCGCUCUUUGCCAAGCCCGACAACUCGCUCAAGGCCGAGAUGCAGAAGCUCCUCACAGGCUCUACAGAGGAGAUCAAGCUCGACUUUGGCAUGGACUGGACCACGCCUAUGCUCCGCCGCGACUCGGUCGCCGGCGCCGUCUCGGACGACGACUCGGACAACGGUCGCCAGGCCGAGCCUGCUCCCUCGCUCUCUGUCACCUAUCAGGAGCUGCAGGACAUGAUCGAGAAAAUCCUCAUGGAGACCGGCUUUCACUCGCCCGAGUAAACCUUCUUUACUCACCAC